GCACUUACCAGCCCAAGCAAGAAACCUCCUGAGACUAAUGAAAACUGAUCCUAGAAUUGACUUCAGUGCUGACUGGAAGCUCAUAAUAGUGCAUAUUGGAGGCAACGAUCUGUGCAACUAUUGCAAAGACCCUGAUCACUACUCAGCUGUGAAUUUCAUCAGCAGGAUUCAAGAAACUCUUGAUAUUCUGCACAAGCAGGUUCCGAAAGCUCUAGUGAGUCUGGUUGAAGUGAUGGACCUCCUCCCUCUGAGACAGUUGUUUGUGGAUACUCGAGUUCAGUGUCCCACUUACAUGGCAGAUUAUCUGUGUAGUUGUGUUCUCACAGGAGAAGAAAACUCACCAAAUUUAACAAUGGUGAGGGAAGCCACCAGAGCUUACCAGCUUGGCAUUCAGAGACUAGUGGAGUCUGGCAGAUAUGAUACUCAUGAAAAUUUCACAGUGAUCAUACAGCCUUUCUUGCAAAAUAUCAAGAUUCCUCUUGCUCAGGAUGGGCAUCCAGAUGUCUCCUACUUCGCACCUGACUGCCUCCAUCCAAGCCAGAAAGGCCAUUCUCAGCUUGCCAAGGCUCUCUGGAAUGCUGUGUUACAGCCUGUGGACCAGAAAGCUGACUCCUUUGAUUUCACGGCUGACAUUGUCCUCGACUGUCCAACUUGGAACAAACCAUUCCUGGGAACAUACAAGAAUAGCAACUUCACAUAUCCACCUGUGGAGCCCACUAAUGAGCCAAUAGAGAAUUGGGGCAGUGACCUGUCGUGUCCUGAGCAAACUCCAUCCAGUCGUGUCCCAACAUCAGUACAUAAGCUACAACCUGCUGACAUCAAAGUCAUAGGUGCACUGGGAGAUUCCCUGACUACUGCAGUAGGAGCCAAAGCAACUGACCUUCAAACAGACUGGAGGGGACUUUCCUGGAGUAUUGGAGGUGAUGGGACCCUGGAGACCCAGGCUACUUUACCCAAUAUCUUGAAAAAAUUCAAUCCAAACCUCAUCGGCUUCUCCACUGGCAGCUCUAAGGAAACAGCUGGAUUCAAUGUUGCGGAGAGAGGCACCACAGCGCGCAAUAUGUCAGCCCAGGCACGUGAAUUGGUGGAGCUAAUGAGAAGCAGUUCAAAAAUUAAUUUCAAGGAAGAUUGGAAGCUGAUCACUGUCCUCGUUGGAGGCAACGACCUGUGCCAGUACUGCUUGGACAAGGAAACCUAUUCAGUGCAAAACUAUGUAAAGCACCUUCAGGACACUCUGGAUAUUUUCUAUGAGGAGCUCCCAAGAGUCUUUGUCAACAUGGUGGAGAUACUAGAGAUUUCUGGACUGCGUCAGAUUGCAGCAAGCUCUUCGAGAUGCGCUUUGACUGCAAAGAAUGUUUGCCCAUGUUUCUUAAACCCUGAGGAAAACUCUUCUGAACUACAAGAAAUUAACAGAGUUAACAGAGAUUUUCAGGCUGAAGCCUUACAGCUGACCAACAGCGGUCGGUACGAGGAGCGGGAGGACUUUGCAGUUGUCAUGCAGCCAUUCUUCCGAAACACCUUGUUGCCUCUGGAUAGUAACGGCAAGCCAGAUCUGAGUUUCUUUGCUUCAGACUGCUUUCAUUUCAGUGUAAGAGGGUACGCCGAGAUGGCCAUGGCUCUGUGGAAUAAUAUGUUGGAACCAGUUGGUGAAAAGCAGACUUACAACAACUUUACCCAUGACAGAUCAAAACUCAAGUGUCCAAACCCAGAGAAACCCUUUAUUUCCACACUGAGAAACAGUGGAUUUAGAAAUUCAGAUCUCAACUUGGGGAAAACCAAAUCUUCAGUCCCCUACUGGGCUGUCAUUGUGGCUGCAGUAGCUGGGGUCCUGGCGGGUUCUUUACUCAUCUGGCUUGUGUUAGGAAGAAGAGCCACGAAGCACCAACAUGAGGCUGACAGAGAAAAGAACAUUAAAAUGACAUCUCUGUAA